AUGGAAAUUUUACCUCAGAAUUCAGAAGAGAAAACCCUCCCAACAAAGGCAACUUUGAAGGUACUAGAAAUCAUGAACCAGAAUGGAGUCAGAGAAAAUCUCUUAAAGCAACUGAGCCAAGAUACAGGGUUUACUAAGUUCUGAGAGCAGGUUUUUAAGUAUAAGCAACGCCAAGAAGCAGAAAUAAAGGCUUGGAGCCAAUUUUGGAAGUUCAUGAACAACCUCACAGCCUUCAUGCUUGUUAUUCAGUGUAAAUCCCUAUCUGAUAGAGACCAUAAAGCUCCUGAGAAACUUAUUUUAGAUCAGAAGCAGCAGACCGAAUUUCAGAGAUCAUAUAUUUCAACCCUAAAGAAGAAGUAUUCUGUACUUUAUGAAAAAUAUCUGUUUCCAAAAUCUGAGAGGUUUGAUAGAAGCUUAAUUGGUGAAAUAUGGUAUAAUUUUUACAAGAGAGAUUUGGUGAAAGAGGGCAAUUAUGGCUUGUCCCUUCUUAUAGAUCGUAGGCAAGAUCCAAAUCUUAUAAGAGCUAUUAGAAAACUGAAAUAUGAAAUUCAAAGUACUCGUAUUAAAAACAGGGUUUAUAAUCCCUUCAGAAAGUUUGUUUCUUGUAAUUUGACAUCUGUGUCUCUUUUCUCGAUGAACAAAAAUCAAGCUGCUUCUAAAAUGUUUCUUGAGAACUCUUUUCCAGCUAAGGUUUCCAGAUUAACUCUUGGAAAUGAGAUUCCUAACUCAAAUCCCAAAAAGAUUCCAAUUUCGAUUUAUAUGAAGCUUAUUUCAAGAGUGUGCCCAAGAGUACACGCAGCCCCUCUUGCAACCAGUUAUGUCAAGUUUUACAAAUUCGAAAUUAAGCAAUCACAACUAAGAAAACUAUUUUGUUUGUGCAGUAACAAAACUGAGUUUGGUCUUACCAGCUGUAAAAUCCACACCGAGACUACAUUUGACUUAUCAAAACCCCUCAAGACAUGCUCUAUAGAGAUUCUUAACUUAAAUCAAUCUGGUCUAACUGAACUUAGCAACUGGGGCGAGAACCCUGAAUACUUUGAAAACCUACUAACCGCCUUAUCAAACUCUCCAAGCUUUGUCGAGAGUAUCAAAGAGAUGCAUUUGAAUAAGGUUGGAAUUCCCGAGUACAUUCUCAAGAAGAUGCUAAAAGAGCACAAUCUAAGCCAUGUUAUUUUAGGUAUCUAAUAUUUUCAACAUUUUAAA